AUGCACGGUGCUGAGGAAGAGGGUUAUGAGCCUUCGAAAGAGUUUGAGGAAGAUACUAAGGAACCGCUUGUAGAUCUCGAGUUGACGGAUUCCACCGACCUUUGGCUCAUCCAGUGGCCAAGCAAUCAAUCAGUUAAUCAUGAUGGGCGCUUGGGCACUUUUGAGGGUUCAACUGGAAAAGAAUAUGCUGUAGUUAGCUUUGCUGCUCAAGAACCUGAUGCGACAGUUUUCCUCUCCUCUACGUCAGAGGCUAAAAUUGUUGGGAAGGUUGCUCGGCGUGUUUCCUUUGUUCAUUACCCUGAUCCAGAAGAACUUAAAACUCAGAAGCUCGAAAACAAGAAAGCGCUUAAUACAAAAAAUGGUGGAACUACAUGUACAGGUUCUCAAUCGCAGCUUGAAACCCCCUCACGUAGAUCUUUGCGAAAUUCACCCUCUACACAUAGUAGCAGGCAUAAGAGUGCAUUAUCUAAAAUUGGGAAUUCGAGUAACAAACGUAGACAUUUUGGUGAGUCUUCUGGAUCCAAGGAUCGGUCUACUCUAGACUCUGGAUGGGGUCAUAAUGCUUGUACUUCUUCUGGCGCCUUGGUGCAAUCUCAGUAAAGGUAAGUGAAGAAGAAACUGAAGAAUGGGGAGGCAAUCUAUUUGUUUGCGCAUCUUGCUCAUUACACAAUUUUUGUGUUUGGCUUGGUUGGUUUUUUGAUUUUCUGAAUUGAAUUUGGUUUUCUGAUUCUAUCAAACUGAGUUGAAGCCUAAUUCA